AUGGACGACGACACGCCGGGCAAGAGCCACGGCCCCGCCCCCGAGGACAGCACCCCGCGCUCCGAGGUGCCGCUGCCCCCGACGUCAGAGACGGUCACGGCCGGCCUGCUCUCGCACAUGCACGCCCUGGACCCUGAGCCCAGCUACUUCUCGCCGCAGCCCAUCCGUGUCCUGUCGUCGACGAUCCCCCGCUCGGCGCCUGCAUCGUGUCACCCGUCCCCCACGGUGAGCGCCUCCGUCGUCUCCCUCAGCAUCCCCGAGGAGGGCGAGCACAGCUUUGCCCUGGCAACCCACCCCGACCGCCCCCUCUUCCAGCGCGACGUCUCCAGCGCGUCCACGGCCAGCACCGCGACAGUACGAGCCCACCUCGCCGAGCACGGCUACACGUCUACGGCGGCCUCACAGCAGCCGCGGGAUGGACCCGUCUACCCCAACCAGUCCUAUGCCGCGCUCCACCUCCAGCAGUACCCAACCUCGCAUGUUCCGCCCAUCCUCCGUUCGCGGAGCUCGCACCCCGCCCACACGGCUACCACUUCGCUCUCGGGAAUCCCCACCUUCGGCCUCCCUCGUGACCACCAUCGCGACAUCAUGGAGUCAGCCCCUCGAUCCGCUGGCAACUCCCCCACCAACAGUCCCGGCCUCUUUGAUCCUCACAAGCGUCGUCCCCGCAAUGUAGAGCACCGCAACGACGGCCUCUAUUCUAGUCCCUGGCUGCACCACACCCACAGGCAACCCCCCAAGGAGACACACCUUGCUGACGUGCAGUCUGACCCUGUCUCCGGACGCAAAAUGGUCAACCAAUACGAGAUCAUCGACGAACUGGGGCGAGGUGUGCACGGCAAAGUCAAGCUAGGAAAAGACUGCGAAUCGGAGAGAUACGUGGCCAUCAAGAUUGUAGACCGGUUCGGGAAACGGAAACGCUUGGGCAAGAACAACACCAACCACGAGGACAAGAUCAAGCGUGAAAUUGCCAUUCUCAAGAAAGCGCGCCACCCCCAUAUCGUGAGCUUGCUCGAGGUCAUAGACGACCCUGGUAAGAAAAAGGUCUAUAUCGUACUCGAGCAUGUCGAGCUGGGUGAAGUCAAGUGGAGAACAGAAGGUACCAGGGAGGUAUGUCUGGUUGAAUGGCGUCGCAUCAAACGAGAAUCCCAGGGCAUCUUCGACGACGACAGUGCAGACCGUGAGGAUGAAAGGAUCGUCAGGCACGGGCACCAUAAUCUCGUCCGUCAACAACGUCGCAGAGCCAAAGAGGCACGCCUCCGCCGCCAGAGUCCCACAGGAAACGAGCCUUGGAGCUUUGAAUUUGGCGGUGAGUCUGACGACGAACAUUCUGAAACAGGUCGAAGCUCUGCCCAUGGAGAGGAGCGUCCCCUAAGCUAUACCCAGUUUGACGAGUGGCACAACGCUUCCAAUCGUCACGCGGACAACAUGGAAACCGCCUUUCGUUCUCAAACAUCCACCACCGACACUUGGCCAGAAGUACGCAGUCUUACUCGAGAGCUAGAGGGCACCAUGUACGGUGCAUACAACACGGAUUUUAUGCGGGGACGUACACCAAGUGUCACAGGAAGCAAUUCCUCGCAUACUUCGGAUAUGGAGGAGGAUAUACCCGAGCACUUCCGUUACGUUCCCUUGAUGCCGAUCGACUAUGCUCGCCAAGCGUUCAAGGACACAGUCUUGGGCAUCGAGUACCUUCACUACGAACAAGUCAUCCAUCGCGAUAUCAAACCUGCCAAUCUUCUCGUUACCAGGAACCACGAGAUCAAAAUAUCUGAUUUCGGAGUUUCGUAUCUGGGGCGUCAAAAGACAGAGGAGAGCAACGGUGACCAAUCCGAGUCUGAUUACCAGGAAGUAGAUGAAGCCAUUGAAUUGGCAAAGACAGUGGGUACCCCAGCCUUCUACGCCCCCGAGCUCUGCCGCACUGAGUUGGAUGUGGAUCCUCCCCAGAUAGAUGGCAGCAUCGACAUCUGGGCUCUGGGAGUAACGCUUUAUUGUCUUAUCUAUGGUCGCGUACCUUUCCACGACACGAACCCAUUUACCCUGAUGAAGACCAUCAGCGAAGACGAGCCUCACAUUUCGAGAUACCGACUCAAACCUGUGGCUGAACAUUCUAGUUCGCGGCCGAACUCACACGGACGUAACAGUCAAUCAAUGAUCAGCGACAAGAGAGCUCCAUAUAACCUUGAAUAUGAGGAAGUGGACGACAACCUUCGUAAUCUCUUGCGGCGCAUGCUGAUGAAGGAUCCCCGACAUCGAAUCACAGUUCCAGAGAUCAAGCUUCAUCCCUGGGUUCUCCAGGGACUAUCAGACUACGAUAUCAACAAGUGGAUUGAUGAUAAUCCUGGCAGACAAAACGAUGGACGUAAAAUUGAGAUUUCUAAAAAUGACCUUGAGAGUGCUGUCGUUCCUGCCAUUGGAUUUGCAGAACAAAUACGUUCGACGUUCAAGAAGGCAUCCAACUUUGUUACCAAGAGCUUCACUCGUGGCUCUGGAUCACGACGUCGCGCUCAGAGUUCCGCUACCAAUCAAGAGGCAACCCCUUCCAUCAGCGCGACUUCUUCAAGCAGCACCAUCAGCCAGGACGGACGACGGGGAAGCCUGGUGCCUGGCACAAUUCUCGAAGUGUUGAGCCGAUCACGCGAGUCAGAGCACCCCCUUUCACAGAGUGUCACCGCAAGUCCGGAAGCUAGGGAACGAAACAGGUACUUUGACAGCCCAAACUCGCGUACCGCGUCCCCGUUGCAGGGCAUGGAAAGCUAUCGGCCACAACUGCAAGACCGAGCCUAUUCGUCAGUGCACACGAUCCGACAGACGGAUGUUCUUCCGGGUCGAUCCAACUCGCCGAAUCUUCCUCUGGCUCUUCCUGGCACUCCACUGGCUUUAGAUACUCCCGGUGGUUCCUCUUUGGGUGGCUUGUUUGGAGGUAUGCCACGACGUGUAGUCAACAGUAUGAGAAGCAAAGACAAAUUGAAAAUUCCACGAGACCACAAUCGAGCGAGAUCUAUUGAUAGACUUGCUGGAGGUGACGAUGACAGUCACUGCGUACCGAGUCUUGCGUUAAGUACUACUGUUGCUUCAGGUCAUGUCGACCAACCAGACGCCUUGAAGGAACUAUCACCUAUCGCUCGGGGUGUUUCGCCAUCUUUCUCAGAUUCUCGUUCGCUUGAUCCUCUUGAUACGACGUCGCGGCAGUCUUCAGUGUCGUCUCUUUCGUCUCGCCUACAUAGAAACUGGGCCACCGCAAACGACCUUGAGGUUGGACCUGCACUGGACAUUCCUUCAAACACGAAUAAAGAGUAUUGGUAUCCGCCAGCAGCGUCUGUGACGUCUACUCAAGGGUCUCAGGCUGCAGGAGGCAGAAGACCGUCCGUCCCCGGGCCUUUCGCUCGCCAAAACUCAGACGAUCGAUUUAGUCGGGCAAAGGACGAAUUCUACCGACGGAGAGUUAGGGAAGAGAACUUGAGCCACGAGCGAUCUAUUUCGACGACCUACCAACGACCUCCUUCGUCCCUCAGUCAGAUAGCGUGCCCUCCAAGCCCUGACGAUGAAAUGUACUUCCAUCGCGAAGAAUACAUGGGCCGACACGAUCCGUCCUCCGAGAAUAGCCCUGUCGGUGGACAAGAAAGAGGGUUGGCUUUCUGUUCGUCAGAAGAACAAUUUACGCCCAUGUCACAAUCUACGUCACACCCUUCGAUUCCGUCUGUAGCAUCAGCUGGGUCGUCUGUACUAGAUGAGUGUGCCUCCUUGGGUUAUCUCUCCAACAUGAUGUCUCCUGCAUCAGCCGAUUCCAUUCACAUGAACAUGAACCCCUUUGAAAUCCCCGUCGAAGACGCUGAUGGCUAUGAUGGAGAUCAUGCCGUGGAGAGUGAAGAAGACGACGAGAGCGACGACGAUGGCGGGCUGUUCAUCGGAAGGAGGAAGCCUGCGCCACAGUCGCGCAGGGGCGAAUCCGCCUCAGAAUCUAAACGCGCCCACUCCACCGUCCACAAAGGACUUGUGCACAGUCGUCGCCGCUCAGCGCGCAGCGGAAGCAACGGCACUGUCAAGAAGGUCUCUCCAUCUGAUGUGUCUACCGAUCCGCACACCCCCGAACCACAAUAG